CUGCGGCCUGGCCCAAGGGGAGGCUUCACACGUUAGGGGGAAAGAGAGAGACCCGUGUCUGCGCGGGUGGAACACCACCCCCUUGCCGGCUCCCUGGCGCGCAGACCCCACGUUCGAAUGAUGCAGCCGGGGGCUUAUUCAUUGCGCCCAAAUAGGACCGCAGGGAAGGGAAGCGAUGGCUGCUGCCCCUCUCUUCCCGCCAUAAGAGGCAUCUCUUAAUGCUGCUGGGUCCCUCCUUCGUGUCCUUUAACCGCCUUAGCAGUGCCAAGGCUAUUAUUCACUUCUGAGCACUUCGUUGAGACAUUGGUGCAUGAAUGGCAACUGUGGAUGACCUAAAGUUUCAUGAAUUUGAUGAUGCAGCCAAUUUGUUGGCAGCAAAUCCGGAUGCUGUCACAAUAAGCAUUGAUGAACCAGCUGAGAAACCAAAAACGAAGCACGGACAUCUGCAAGAUUCUGGGAGAGAGGAGGAUGAUGAGCUAUUGGGGACAGAUGAUUCUGAUAAGACUGAGUUGCUUGCUGGACAGAAGAAAAGUGCCCCAUUCUGGACAUUUGAGUAUUACCAAACAUUUUUUGAUGUCGAUACAUACCAGGUCCUCGACAGAAUCAAAGGUUCUGUUUUUCCAGUACCAGGGAAAAACUUUGUAAGACUGUAUAUUCGAAGUAAUCCAGAUCUUUAUGGUCCCUUUUGGAUAUGUGCCACAUUAGUCUUUGCCAUUGCUAUCAGUGGCAACCUUUCAAAGUUUUUCAUCCAUCUGGGCAAACCUGAUUUCCAUUAUGUGCCUGAAUUCCGAAAAGUGUCCAUAGCUGCUACAGCCAUCUAUGCAUAUGCUUGGCUAGUUCCUCUAGCUCUCUGGGGAUUUCUUAUGUGGAGAAACAGUAAAGUUGUGAACAUUGUAUCCUACUCAUUUCUUGAGAUUGUGUGCGUUUAUGGCUAUUCACUUUUCAUUUAUAUUCCAACAGCGAUAUUGUGGAUUAUUCCGCAGAAAGCUCUCAGAUGGGUUUUGGUGGUAUUUGCUUUGUGCCUUUCAGGAUCUGUCUUAGUGAUGACAUUUUGGCCUGCUGUUAGAGAUGACAACCGAAGGAUUGCCGUGGCUACAAUUGUGACUGUGGUCCUUCUCAAUGCCUUGCUUGCUGUUGGUUGCUUGGCAUACUUUUUUGAUGCCCCUGAACUGGAUGUUGUUAUGCCAACUACUGCACUUCCACAAAAUGUAACAAUAAGAGCAAUAAAGGAACAGUAACAAAGAUAUAUAUUUCUUCAUCUGUGGGAUAUUGCUUUAUUGGGGCUUUCCCAUAUUGAAAAAAAGAAAACCCAAAAGAUCUGAAAAGAAGCAUCAGCGAAAGCCAAAAGUUCUUAAUGACACAUCAGCAGAACCAUCUAAAUUCAUAGUACCUCACCCUUGAAUGAUCAACUAGUAAUGGACUUAGCUGAAAUUCUGCUCUGUUGAAGCAAAAGAUUUAAAAAAGGUUUCAGUUCAGUGGAAUCAAUUUCACCUGGAGAUUUGAAUCCUAAAAAUUUCAGCGGUAGAUUUAAACCCUAAUAAUUUAUUGUUUUUUUAUUUUCUGUAUAAUUCUUGUUUUGUCAUCAAAUAAAAAUGACUCAAAAUGCCACCAUUUCUAAAUAUUUCUUCCCAAAAGCCUGUAUAUUUUGCUGUAUUUAUAAUACAUCAUCAGCAUCCACAGGAUUUUUGGGGGAGGAUGGGAGCAUAUGCAUACAAACAUAGUUAUAGCUGACUAAGUUUUGCUCAGAAAAGACCAAUUUAAAUUAGUGGACCCAAGUUAGUCAUGUUCAUUCAUUUCAGAACGUCUAAGUGGGACUAACAUUGGAUACAAACCAUAAUAUUUUUAUGAGUUUGUGGAUCCCAGCCCUCUAUAAUCCCUGGACCCAGCAGGUGUUAGAUUUAAUCAAGGCUUGUGUGUUAAGCUGAGUGCUAGACACUUCUGAUUCCUGGAUGCAGCAAGUGUCAAAAGCUAAUUAAGCAGUCCUGGGCGAUGAGCCAUUAAGAGGACCAGGGAUCAAAGUGCUUGUUGUGCUAGAUUGGCAAAAGGUGGGCCUUCCCUCCUUCAACAGAUAAAGCCAGUUUAGAGGAGUUAGGAAGGCUGUAAGCUGGAGAGACAGCGAGGUGGGUGGGAGAGCAAUGUUUGAUGUCUGUCUGAAUCCAAGGCUGUGACUAUGAGAGAAGACCCUUUUGGGGGUUCUGCUGUGAGCCCCUCCAUCGUAGGCUCAGGUUGUAUAUAUGUGUAAAUAAACCAUAUAUCAUAAAGACA